AAUCGUGAUGAGACAAAGAACAAGUAUGUGAUAUUGAAGGUGAAAUUUGGUGAUUACCAUGUGGAGGAGAGGACCAUCAUGGUGUCCUUCCACUCCGGAUACAUCUUCAUCCAGACGGACAAGCCCAUCUACAACCCCGGAGAUGAGGUGCGCUUACGAGCGUUUGUGUCAUCCCUGGCCUUCAAGGCUUUAGACAGCUCUCUGACCGUAGACAUACAGAAUCCAGAAGGAGUGGUGGUCAAGCAGGUCUUGAGGUCCAAGGCUUCUUCCGGCAUCUUUUCAGACUCUUUUUACCUCACAGAAAUGGCUAAUGAAGGCAUGUGGAAGGUGAUUGCCAAGUUUGACCACUGGAAGCAGAACACCUUCACCUCACACUUUGAGGUGAAGAAAUACGUGCUGCCCGCCUUCAACGUGACCUUGACACCAAAGAAGUCCUUUCUGAGCUUCGAUGAUAAUGAACUGGAAGUAGAGAUCUGGGCCAGGUACCUGUACGGGGAGCCGGUUCAGGGGACGGCCUACGUGUCAUUUGGGGUAAAUGUCAACAAAGAGAUGAGAAGGUUGCCUUCAGUGAAACAGGUCUCAAAUCUUGAGGGUGGAGUUGUCAAGUUGAGUGUGGACGAACUGAAAGCAGCAUACCCCAAUGUCAGGACUUUGGUGGGAAACUCGGUCUAUGUCAAAGCUUCUGUCCUUACCAAGACAGGAGGUGACCUGGUGGAAGCAGAGAAGACCGGCAUCAAGAUUGUGGACUCGCCCUAUGUCCUGUCAUUUAAAGACACAGUCAAGUACUUCAAACCCGGACAACCCUUUGACUUUACUAUUCAAGUGAGCCACCACGAUGGUUCCCCAGCUCGGAACAUCCCGGUGAAGGUGAACCUCCUGCAGGAUCCUGUGAUGGUCGGCUUGGGCACAGCCAGGGUCACAGCGAACAUGCCCAAAAGUGAUAACCAAGCCCUUGUCGUCGAGACACAACAGGCGGGCCUCAGACCGGACCAGCAGGCCAAAAACCAAAUGUUCCUGUUUCCGUACCUCAGCUUCUCCAGACAAAGUCCCAACUACCUCUACAUCUCCACCAGCACCAACACAGCGUCUCCAGGAGACACGCUGGCCCUUAAACUCAACAUAGCCACCGCAGACCAGAACAUCAGACAACACAUCACACACGUCACCUACCUGGUGGUCAACAAGGGCCAGAUCGUAGAAGCUCGGCGAUUGGACGUGAGCGGUCAGGUGGUGACCAGCGUGAGUCUGACGGUCACUCCCGACUUUAUGCCGUCCUUCCGUUUCGUAGCCUUCUACAGUCUCCCCGCAGAGGAGGUGGUGGCUGAUUCCAUUUGGGUGGAUGUGGCGCCUUCCUGCGUUGGAGAUCUGAGCGUGGGCCCAGUAGACGGCGUGCAGCGAGACUACACGCCGGGCAAGAGCUUCCACUUCCGAGUCCGAGGCGACCCGGGGGCCAGUGUCAGCCUGGUGGCCGUGGACAACUCCGUCUAUCUGCUCAAGAAGGACAGACUCACGCAGAGGAAGAUGUGGGAGACAGUGGAGCAAGGGGAUCUGGGCUGCACCCACGGGGGAGGCAUCAAUGCCAAGAGCCUCUUUCAGGACGCCGGCCUGCUCUACGCUUCCAGCGCCGGAUUCAGAACCGACACCAGGAAAGCCCUGCAGUGUCCAGUCAGCAACAGAAGGAGGCGCUCUGCUGAACUCUUACAACGAAAAGCUCAGCUGGAGAGUCACUACAAGGAGAAGCUGGAGCACCGCUGUUGCAAAGACGGUCUUCGGGCCGUGCGCAUGCCGUACUCGUGCACUCGGCGCUCGCUCUACAUCACCGAGGGCUGGGAGUGCAUCCGGGCAUUCCGCUACUGUUGCGCCACCUACAGAGAUGAACUUCUGAACACAGAGAUGCCCACCACCACUCCGCUGCCCACCACCACCUCCGAACCCUUACGUGUCCCCACACGGUUUCACCUUAGCAGAGAAAUGUUUAAUUGGGGAGCACGUAGUACCGACAUUGUUGCCUACAGCAACGCCCACAAGACCUUUGAGACCAAGGUUUACGCCAGGGGAUCCAGCUUGGCGAGAGAGGAAGCGCGGACGGAACCCGAGGCAGACGCCGAACACGAACAAGUGGAUGACUAUGAGGAGGAGGAAGAAGACGAGUACCUGGACGAGAGUGACGUGUAUCUGCGCUUUAGGUUCUUCGAGUCGUGGCUGUGGACUGACGUCAGGCUGCCCGAUGAGGCUGACAGAGACGGGCUGGCGUCCAGCGAGGUGAGCCAGCCUCUGCCCGACAGCAUCACGGAGUGGGGCGUCCUCGCCGUCAGCUCCUCUCCAAACACCGGUUUCUGUGUGGCCGAGCCGUACAACAUCAGGGCGUGGAAGCGCUUCUUCGUGGACUUGAAGCUUCCGUACUCUGUGGCCAGGAACGAGCAGGUGGAGAUUAAAGCAGUCAUCCACAACUACGGUCAAGGCGACCUGCACGUCCGUGUGGUGCUGAUGAAGACAGAGGACAUGUGCAGCGUGGCCUUCCGUGAGCGCCACACCCAGGAAGUCACCCUCCCGGCGGGCACGUCCAAGGCGGUGCCCUACACCAUCAUGCCCCUGGCGGUGGGGCGGCUCCCCAUCGAGGUGAUGGUGGUGGCCCGAGACAUGAUGGGUGGAGACCGCAUACGGAAACUCCUGUGGGUGGUGAUGGAUGGCGUGCAAAAGACCAAAGUUUGGAGCACCAUCCUGGACCCAGCAGCCGAAGGAGGUAAGCAGAGCGUCCCGGUGGACAAGAUGGAACUGCAGGGAGUGGUGCCAAACUCAACACCAGAAACAUUUAUCAACGUCCGAGGGAACGUGUUGGCCGACAGCAUCGAUAACUCCAUCAGCGACGACUCGCUGGCUUCUCUGAUCCGCAUGCCGGGCGGCUGCGUGGAGCAGAACCUUGCCACCAUCACCUUGCCGCUCAUCGCCACCAUCUACCUCGAGAGGACUGAUGACUGGGAGGCUGUGGGAGUGGAGCGCAAGGCUGACGCGCUGAAAUACAUCAGGAGAGGCUAUGAGAACCAGCUGGCCUACAAGAAAAGUGACGGCUCUUACCCCCCCUACAGGAGGGAGGGCGCAAGCACCUGGAUCACGGCGUACGUGGUGAAGGUGUUCUCCAUGGCUCACUCGGUCAUCGGGGUGGACAUGCAGCAGGUGUGCGACCCGCUCGGUUUCCUGGUGCGCAACAAGCUCAAACUCCCCAGCGGACGCUUUGUGGAAGACAACCCGGUCUACAGUACCACCAUGACUGGCGGCAUGCGCGGCGACGACCCUGAGAUCACGCUGACGGCGUUCGUCCUCAUCGCCCUGGCAGAGGCCAAGCAGGCGGGAAUACAGUGCAGCCAGCAAAACCUGGAGGAGGCAAUCGGUACCGCGGCAGAGUUCCUGAAGAAGGCGCUGGCGACGUCGGGCAGGAGGCCGUACACGGUGGCCAUCGCCUCCUACGCGUUAGCCUUGACGGGAAAAGGCCCCACCGCCUACGACCCCACCAGACCGCUCCUCGCAGCAUCCCCAGAUGGCAGCCACUGGCCAGACACUCACAACCAUUUGUUCUCGCUGGAGGCAACCGGUUACGCCAUGCUGGCUCUCAUCAGGAAGGGUCACAUGCAGGAGGCCGGGAAAGCCUUCCAGUGGAUCAACGGCCAGCGCAGGAUGGGCGGAGGUUACGGCUCUACUCAGUCCACCAUGGUGGUGCUGCAGGCACUGUCCGAGUACCUGAUGAAGUCUCAGGCCGCCAACGAGCUCUCCCUGGACGUUGACGUCAAGAUCACGGGCCGACGUGACAUCCGAUACCACUUUAAUGCCAAGACUGCAUACACUGCACAAUCUUCCCGGCUUCCAGCUAAUCUGGACCUGACUGUGGAGGCCACAGGCAGCGGGCAGGGAAUACUGGAGGUGGUGACGUAUUACAACCAGCUGCACGAGGUUGACGAAAAGACACCCUGCCAGCACUUUGAGCUCAGCGUAGAUGUCGAGGAUUCCAGCGAAAAGCCUCCCGCAGAUGUGGAAAAAUCCUACCUGAUGACCAUCAAAGUCAGGGCAUUAGGAUCCAGCGACGUCAGGAUGGUGGUGUUGGAUGUCAGCCUGCCCACGGGCUUUACCCCCGAAAACUCGGACCUGGAGAUGUUGUCCAAUUCGGUGGACCGCUACAUCAACAACUUCAAGAUGGUAGACAACCUCAGCGACAGGGGCUCCCUCAUCAUCCACUUGUUCAAAGUAGUUGCCAGAACCGGAACCGGGCACUCAGACUGCUGGGUCAAUUGAGCUACUGUCUCAGCUGUGGUGUGCUCUUCCUUUCC